GAAUUUUCUCUCAAAAACAGCCAUCUAACGACUGUUGAGUUAUAGUAUCUGAUUUUAUACAAUCUGUGGCAAUGAUUCAAUACUACUUAUUAGAGUUUUUAGUUUUUUACUACUGACAUCUAACUUUCAAUAUUGAAUACAGUUAAUAAUUAAUAUUGAAGUCUGAAAUAGUAGUAUUAAAAAUAUGCACAUUUUUAAGGUUUAUGCUAUAUUAAUAUCGUUUACAGUAUGCCGUGCAAAUUAUUUGACCAAAGAUAUUUAUUUACACGACUAUGGAAAUUAUCCGGUAAAUUGGUUUGAUGAAGUUUUAAUACUUUAUGUAACCUUAAUAAAUGACGGGGAUUGUCCGGUUAUGGUAUCCGUCAAGAUGAUACAAUGCUGUGAACAACUUUUUACGAGUAACGACAUGCAUUGCAAUCAUUUACAUUUUUAUGGAUCGCAAAAACAGUUGGAAAGAGCCAGAAAUGCUAACUUUACACUUAUAUAUCCUAAUAUUUACCCGUAUAAUCGCAAAGGUAAAUGUAAAGUAGCCAUGACCAUAACCAAAAAUCAAAGUAUAAUAUCGAAAUACAAGCUAAUUAUACCAUUCGACACGACUAAAACAUUAGAAGAUAUUACGGCGUUACGAUCAAGUGAGUGUAUGUUAAAAUUGUGCGAAUCCCAAGAUGAAGAUCCAUUAGAUUUAUGCGCGCCAGUAGAUUGUCACAUGAAAUAUCAAGGUUUCAGGAGUUUGUUCGACACUAUUAAACGGCAAUGCGUAUCUAUUCCAAUAUGCGAUGGAAAACCAAACAAUGGAAAUUCAUCAAACAUAGUAUAUGAUCCUUAUAGCAAUAAAUGCACAGCUUUAACCGAUCAGAUAUCAAAAUCUGACAUUGAUUGUAUACUUAAUGAAACAGAAGACAAAAAAAUAAAAAAAAUAAAAACGAAUAAUCGGUAUCAAUCAAAUAUUCGAUGUCACCAUGGAAAGAUGGACGAGAUUAAAAGAUCAUGUAUCUGUGACGAUGGUUGGACCAGUAUACAGAAUUGGAAUUUUCCUAUUAUUUCCACAGUGCCUAUUCAUAUGUGCACUGUUCGAAAUAUUAAGAGUAAAACUUUUAUUGGAAAAAUUCUAUUUAAGAUAAAAAAUCUUAAACCUAAAAAUAUCUAUCGGGCAAUACUCUUAUCGAUAAUAUGGUUUUUAAUUAUUCAAAUAAUAAUAACCUGUUUCGUCUUGAAGUUAUAACCAUAUUAUUAUAUUUAGUUUAAAGAAUUUCCUAUAUAAAACAUAAUAUUCAUAAAGCUAUUUAUAGUUCAAAAUUAAAAAAUU